AUGAGCUUGCUGCCAAGGCAUGGCCACGCGGCGAGCAGGCCGAGGGCGAGGCCGACGUGCAGGGCACCACGCGGAAGGCCGUGGAGGGCGGCUCUACAGGAUGCCCUUGCCCGGGCCAAGAAGCGGAAGGUGCACGACUGUGCUCGGCAGGGGGCCGUGCUCUUCGGCCCCUUGAUCGGUGAUGAGCCCCUCGUUGCGAAGGCCUCGUGCUGCGUCUUCAGCGCAAACGGCCAGUACAUGGGCGACAACGACGCGAUCCGAGGACCCUUCGACGGAAUACUCGCCCGGAGCAACGUCGAGGCCGAGCUCGCCAGCUGCCUUGUUGAGGACAGCGGGUCUGCCGGCAUCGCGGCCCUCGAGGACUCGACGGUGGUGCUCGUCGGCAGCACGCUGAGGGGGAAUCGACGGGGCGCCAGCUCGGCGAAGGGCGGAGGGCAGCUUGUAGUGCAGCAGGACCCCGCAGGCAUCUGCUGA